GCGCGGCGUGGAGAUGAACCGCUGUCCCCCGGCAGGACGAGGGGAAGGAUCUGUCGGCGGCUUUUGUUCCACAGCGUGUUAUUGUUGUUUUAGGCAGCAUGAAAGAUUCGGGGAGAUGAAAAGAGCGGCUGGUCGUCAGGGAGGAGGCUGCUCCGACGGAGACGCUGGUGUUGCAACAGCAGGCGGGGAGGAGCUGGGGGGCUCCUCGUCCGACAGGUUCACAGGAAUACAGCGUGCUGAAGGAGGCGACAUCACACAGAAGGGCUAUGAAAAGAAGCGGUCCAAGCUGAUUGGAGCCUACUUCCCUCAGACUGCAGGAAUGGAUCCCUCCGCAGGCCAGGAGAGGAGAACACCGGUCACCCCCUCCUCGUCCUCCCGCUACAACCGCCGGCGGUCCUCGGGCUCCAGGGAUGAACGCUACAGAUCAGAUGUGCACACGGAGGCCGUUCAGGCUGCCCUGGCGAAGCAUAAAGAAAGAAAAAUGGCCGUGCCGAUGCCUUCAAAGCGCCGAUCGCUGGUGGUCCAGACUUCCAUGGAUGCCUACACACCACCAGACACCUCCUCUGGAUCGGAGGGGGAGGGGCAGGGCGAUGGCGAGGAGGAGGUAGGAGACGACGGCGAGGAAGAGGACGGCGGAGGGGGCGGAGGAACCUCGUCCAGCAGGGAGGGCAGCAUCAGCAUGGAGCACUGGAUCAGCCGGGCGGUCCACGGCACCUCCUCCACCACCACCACCACCUCGUCCACGGCCUCGUCCUCCUCCUCCUCCACCCGCAGCGGGGGCAGCGGGGCGGCCGCCGGCAGGCUGGCUGACGUGCUGACCCAACACGUCCACAUCUCCGCCCAGCACCACCUCCGACACCGCCGCCAUCAUCAUCACCGCCGCCAGAAGACAGGCCUUUUGAGCCACCUCUCCUUGAGGAGGGGGAGGAAGGCAGAACCAGCUGGUAUGGUACUGAACGGAAACUCCGAGCCACGGCGCUCCGAGAACCACUCUGCGCCCCCAGACGUGACCGGCUACACCAACAACGCCGCCAACACCACGACCGCAGACGGGAUCCAGGUGGAGAGGGCCCUGGGGGGCGGCAGUGCGGCCCAGAGGCAGACGCCUAAGUAUGGCAACGCCGAGCUGAUGGAGACCGGAGACGGCGUUCCAGUCAGCAGCAGAGUCUCAGCCAAGAUACAGCAACUCGUCAACACGCUGAAGAGACCCAAACGGCCGCCGCUCAGAGAGUUCUUCGUCGACGACUUCGAGGAGCUUCUGGAGGUCCAGCAGCCGGACCCCAACCUGCCCAAGGCCGAGGGGGCCCAGAUGGUGGCCAUGCGGGGCGAGCAGCUGGGCGUGGUGACCAACUGGCCCCCGUCCCUGGAGGCGGCGCUGCAGAGGUGGGGCACCAUCUCUCCAAAGGCCCCGUGUCUGACCACCAUGGACACCAACGGCAAGCCGCUCUACGCGCUCACCUACGGUAAACUAUGGUCCAGGAGCGUGAAGGUGGCCUACAACCUGCUGCACAAGCUGGGAACCAAACAAGAACCACUUGUGAGGCCUGGAGACCGGGUGGCGCUGGUCUUCCCCAACAAUGACCCCGGUGCCUUUAUGACGGCUUUUUACGGCUGCUUGCUGGCGGAGGUCGUUCCCGUGCCGAUAGAGGUACCGCUGACCAGGAAGGACGCCGGCAGUCAGCAGAUCGGCUUCCUGUUGGGGAGCUGCGGCGUCACCGUGGCUCUGACCAGCGACGCCUGCCAUAAAGGUCUGCCCAAGAGUCCCACCGGAGAGAUCCCGCAGUUCAAAGGUUGGCCAAAGGUUCUGUGGUUCGUCCCAGAGUCCAAACACCUCUCCAAGCCGCCCCGAGACUGGUUCCCCCAGAUCAAGGAUGCCAACCAGGAGACGGCCUACAUCGAGUAUAAGACGUGUAAGGACGGCGGCGUCCUCGGUGUCACGGUGACGAAGACAGCCAUGCUGACGCACUGCCAGGCCCUCACACAGUCCUGCUCCUACACAGAAGCUGAAACCAUAGUGAAUGUAUUAGACUUCAAGAAGGACGUAGGACUCUGGCAUGCUGUCCUGACUAGUGUGAUGAACAUGAUGCAUGUCAUCAGUAUUCCCUACGCCCUGAUGAAGGUCAACCCUCUGUCCUGGAUCCAGAAGGUCUGCCAGUUUAAAGCGAAGGUGGCCUGCGUUAAGUCCCGGGACAUGCACUGGGCCCUGGUGGCCCACCGGGACCAGCGAGACGUCAACCUGAGCUCCCUGCGAAUGCUGGUGGUGGCCGACGGUUCCAAUCCCUGGUCGAUCUCGUCCUGCGACGCGUUCCUCAACGUCUUCCAGUCCAAAGGUCUGAGGCCGGAGGUGAUCUGCCCCUGUGCCAGCUCCCCAGAGGCGCUCACCGUGGCCAUCCGCAGGCCGUUGGAGGAGGGAGCCACGCCUCCCAGCCGCGGCGUGCUGUCCAUGCAGGGUCUGAGCCACGGCGUGAUCCGCGUCGACUCCGAGGAGAAGCUGUCCGUUCUCACGCUUCAGGACGUCGGCUCCGUCAUGCCCGGAGCGUCGAUGUGCGUGGUGAGGCUGGACGGAGUUCCUCAGCUCUGUAAGACCGACGAGAUCGGAGAGAUGUGCGUCUGCACCGCCGCCACCGGAUCCUCCUACUACGGCCUGGCCGGCAUGACCAAGAACACCUUCGAGGUCUUCCCCGUGUCCAGCAACGGGACGCCCGUCAGCGAGUUCCCCUUCACCAGGACCGGCCUGCUGGGCUUCAUCGGACCCGCCGGGCUCAUCUUCGUCACCGGGAAGAUGGACGGCCUGAUGGUGGUGGGGGGGCGGCGGCACAACGCCGACGACAUCGUAGCCACAGCGCUGGCGGUGGAGCCCAUGAAGUUUGUCUACAGAGGCAGGAUAGCGGUGUUCUCCAUCACCGUGCUCCACGAUGAGAGGAUCGUGGUCGUAGCGGAGCAGCGACCGGACUCCACUGAGGAGGACAGCUUCCAGUGGAUGAGCAGAGUGCUGCAGGCGAUAGACAGCAUCCACCAGGUGGGCGUGUACUGCCUGGCUCUGGUGCCCUCCAACACGCUGCCGAAGACGCCUCUGGGGGGCAUCCACCUGUCUGAGACUAAGCAGCUCUUCCUGGAGGGGGCGCUGCAUCCCUGCAACGUGCUGAUGUGUCCACACACCUGCGUCACCAACCUACCCAAACCUCGGCAGAAACAGCCAGAGAUCGGUCCUGCGUCCGUCAUGGUGGGCAACCUGGUGUCGGGGAAGAGGAUCGCCCAGGCCAGCGGCAGGGACCUGGGUCAGAUCGAAGACAAUGACCAGGCAAGGAAGUUCCUCUUCCUGUCUGAGGUGUUGCAGUGGAGAGCUCAGACAACGCCGGACCACGUCCUGUACACGCUCCUCAACUCCAGGGGGGCGAUAGCCAGCUCUCUGACUUGUGUUCAGCUGCACAAGAAAGCUGAGAAGAUCGCUGCUGUGCUGGCAGAACGGGCCCACCUGCAGGACGGCGACCACGUCGCCCUGGUUUACCCUCCAGGUAUCGACCUCAUCGCUGCAUUUUACGGAUGCCUUUAUGCCGGCUGCGUCCCGAUCACGGUGCGGCCUCCUCACCCGCAGAACAUCGGCACCACGCUGCCCACCGUCAAGAUGAUCGUGGAGGUGAGCCGGUCAGUGUGUGUGAUGACCACGCAGGUCAUCUGCAAGCUGCUGAGGUCCAAGGAGGCGCUGGCGGCCGUGGACGUGCGCACGUGGCCGCCUGUCAUAGACACAGAUGACUUGCCAAAGAAGAAGCCUCCCCUGCUGUAUAAACCGUCCAACCCCGACACCCUGGCCUACCUGGACUUCAGCGUCUCCACCACCGGCAUGCUCGCUGGAGUCAAAAUGUCCCACACAGCCACCAGUGCCUUCUGCCGCUCCAUCAAGCUGCAGUGUGAGCUCUACCCGUCCAGAGAGGUCGCCAUCUGCCUCGACCCGUACUGCGGCCUCGGCUUCGUCCUCUGGUGCCUUUGCAGUGUCUACUCAGGUCACCAGUCCAUCCUCAUUCCUCCGUCUGAGCUGGAGGUGAAUCCAGCUCUCUGGUUAUCGGCCGUCAGUCAGUACAAAGUCCGCGACACGUUCUGCUCCUACAGCGUCAUGGAGCUGUGCACCAAAGGCCUGGGCCUGCAAACCGACUCGCUGAAGGCUCGAGGAGUAGACCUGUCCCGGGUGAGGACCUGUGUGGUCGUAGCGGAGGAGCGACCCAGGAUAGCCCUGACCCAGUCCUUUUCCAAACUCUUCAAGGACCUGGGACUCCACCCGCGGGCCGUCAGCACCUCGUUUGGCUGCAGAGUCAACCUGGCCAUCUGCCUGCAGCCUCACAGGCUGGGAAAGCUUGCCGACCAGGGCACGUCGGGACCCGACCCCACCACGGUGUAUGUGGAUAUGAGGGCGCUACGACACGACAGGGUCAGAUUAGUGGAGCGGGGGUCACCACACAGUUUACCACUGAUGGAGUCUGGGAAGAUCUUGCCCGGAGUCCGAAUCAUCAUCGCCAACCCGGAGACCAAAGGGCCGAUGGGGGAGUCGCAUCUGGGAGAGAUUUGGGUGCACAGCGGCCACAACGCCAGCGGUUACUUCACCGUCUACGGAGACGAGGUCCUGCAGUCGGAUCAUUUCAGCUCCAGGCUCAGCUUUGGGGACACUCAGACAGUUUGGGCUCGAACUGGGUACCUGGGCUUCCUGCGGCGGACCGAACUCACGGAUGCCAGUGGAGAGCGUCAUGAUGCUCUGUAUGUGGUCGGUGCUCUGGAGGAAGCCAUGGAGCUGAGGGGGAUGCGCUACCAUCCCAUCGACAUCGAGACCUCCGUCAUCAGGACGCACAAGAGCAUCACAGAGUGCGCUGUGUUCACGUGGACCAACCUAUUAGUGGUGGUGGUGGAGCUGGAUGGCUCCGAGCACGAGGCCCUGGACCUGGUCCCACUGGUUACUAACGUGGUUCUGGAGGAGCACUACUUGAUCGUCGGGGUGGUGGUAGUUGUCGACAUCGGAGUCAUCCCCAUCAACUCCCGCGGCGAGAAGCAGCGCAUGCACCUACGCGACGGCUUCCUGGCCGACCAGCUGGACCCCAUUUAUGUGGCCUACAACAUGUAGCGCCCCCUAGUGAAUGGAGAAUAGACCUAAAAACACCCAAAACUGAGGGAAAGGAGCUGAAGGCCAGGUGGGCCAUGUCAGCCCUGGGCUUUGUCACAUUACAGUUCCUCGCCUCGAAGUCCCGGUCCAGUUUGGAGAGUUGUCUGAGGGAAAGGGAAGCUGCUUCCUUUCAGGGCACAAUUAUGCUGAUGUCAGAAAGGCUUUUGGCUUCCACAGCAACAUCUGGUUCACUCUAUAUUUUCCUGUUUGAUUUUGAAAUGUCCAAAAGAAAGUCCUGGCUAUUUUUUGAAAAUGAUAUUUACACAAAAAAAAUUAGAAUAUUUUGUGUUUUUACGACCAUUACAAAGUGCGGGAUAUGUUUUGAUAUGAGGGCGGGGUUUAAGGGAAGCCAAUCACAACCAGGAGGUACGUUCAUUUAGCGUUGGGUUACUUUUUUUUAUCUACCAGCUGGUCCAUUUCACCAGGUGCUCACGUUCACACAGGCGCAGCCUUUAUCUCCGUUUAUUUUUCCGUGAACAACUUGUAUCAUGUAAGUAUGUACAAAAAAGAAACCGAUUUAAUUUAUUUUCUCUUUUAAAAGUUUAUGAUUCAAGAAUGUUCUUUUGCUCUUGAAUAUUUGCUAAUAUAAAAAGAAAUUGUAUUAUCUUGAGUGAAACAGACUCACUUUAAGCAUAUUAUAUAAACUACAAAUAUAUGAUGAAAGAUUAUAUUGAAGAUGAAGGGUAAUAUCUCAGCAAAAAGCAGGUUGGUUUACGAUGCUGCUUGUCUGCGUUUUGGUCUGAAACAUGUCCAGUUUAAAAAAUAAAUACUUUAAGUUUUAUUCCAGCUAACAAAAGAAACAUCCAGAUCCAGUUUCCAAGAAGUUUGUGCAUGAAGUUUCCUUGGGGGUUUUCUUUAGCAAGGGAAAUAAAUUUAACUGUCCAAGUGGCAUUGAUCAUAAGAGCUUGUUAAAUUCUCUACAUGUUAAACGGACAGAUUCCAUCAUCAACUUGCGAUUUAUUGCCAGUUCAAAGUAAAAUUUUUAAAAAUCAAAAGGAACUAUAUUUUUGAGCCUAAUAUGAUAGAACAAGAGAAAACUUGGGUAAAUAAAUUGUUUUAAGGUAAAAGUGUCCUCUCACUAUAAACAGAGCUCUGAGAUCCAUGGCUCUGCUGUCCUCUAGUGGUCACCAGGAGUAGCACACGCAGUCCUUUUGAAUGAGACCUUUUUUAAAACACAUCACCCUUUACAAUUAUUGCCAGCUCUGAUAAAGAUGUGUAAAAAGCCUUAUAAUAAAUUAAUAAAUUAUUUUUUUUGCAGAAGAAUAAUGUCACUUUGAAAAAUGUAGAAACCAAUAAUAUGGGCUCAUUUAUUAAGUUAUUUAUAAUCCUCUAUGAUGGUCUCUUCAGCUCUCUCUAGUGUUUAGGUCUGGGGAUGGAGACGGCCUUGGAAGAACGUUGAUUUUGUGUCUGGUGAAUUAUUUCUGUUAUUUUGGCCAAACCAGAUCCUAGUUUUGUUGCAGAGGAAACACCAGAUUCAAUGCUAAUGUCCUGGUACUUUGAUCUUUGGAGAAAAACUGGCCCACAACAUUGCAGGUCCUUGUCUGUAGUUAAUAGUGAGCAACAGUCAUCCUUUGUUUCAAACCAGUUCACCAAAGUAAAAGGUUUCAGGUAAAGACCCGCCAUCAUGUUUACAUUUGUGAUGGUAGGACAGAAAGAGUCUUUUUUUUUCUGCUCUACCGUAAAUGUGGGCAAAUUUAACAGCUGUUCUGUCGUCACCAUUUGCUGACUAAUGAUUGGCACACCUGACUGACCUAAAUAAUCAACUUAAAGUAUAAAUGAUGAUUUUAUGAGGUAAUUCAGAGCCCCAGUUUUUUUUUAUUUUGCUACAGCAGUAGAAUAUGGAUUUAUUUUCAGGCUAAAACACGUCUCUACCAGGGCUGAUGCUAAUUGGAAAGGAUGCUGUUCAUUUCCCUUUUACCAGGAAACAAGCAUAUUUUCAAAACUUUAAACUAUAAUAGGAAUUAAAUUUAUUUUACUUGUGUUCACUGGGAUGAAACUGGUCCCUUCAGACAGAGCAGCAGCAGCGCCGGCCUCGUUUCUGCACUCCCGCCUCGCCGACUUCAUCUGGAGACGCCACUCCAGCUGGAAAUGUCACAGAGAGGAGCCCUUCGUAUUUUUACACAAACACACGGUUCAGGGCUCAAACAGUGAUGUCAUUGAUAGAAAUAAAAGUGUUUUAUCAGAGACCCUUUAACUCAUUAAAGAGCAAAAGAGAAUGCUCCACUUUCAACCCAUGGGGAUCCAUUUUUUAAACAAAUAAAGC